UUUAUCUCUUUAUUCUAACAUGGUAUCAGAGCCCUCCUCUGGGCGACAGCAGCAUCGCCAUGUGUUAGCCAAGCGGCCACAGUAACACGCUGCCUCAAGCGGAGUCAUUGAAGAAGCACCAAGACACGGAUUCAGAGCCGGUGCUAACAAGCAUCAUCUUGGCUCUGCUCAUCCACUCCUUUAUCGCCGGUCUUGCUUUUCUUCGCUCCCUCUCCUAUUUGCUGCCUACAGUAGACACUCUCCGUCGCCGUCACGUAAGGAGGAAAACAUUCUCUCACUGCCUCCUCAAUAGCAGUGAACGGCAAACAGCGGUGUCUUCCUCGCUUCCCGGCCAGUAGCAGUCGUAACUGCUGCAUCUUCCUCUACCGCAGCAGCUUUCGCUGCCGCUUCCCUCUACACAACGGCGCCUCCUCAACGGCGGUGUCUUCCUCCUCAAUAGCGACGAACGGCGGUGUCUUUCUCGCUCAGUCUUCCUUGCUUAACGACGGCUACCACGUCUUCCUCCUUCGCUGCCGCAGCCACUUCCCGGCCAGCAGCAGCCGUAACCGCUGCAUCUUCCUUCCUCUACCGCAGCAGCUUUCGUUGUCGCUUUCCUCUAUACAGAUUUCGUUGUCGCUUUCCUCUAUACAGAUUUCGUUGUCACUUUCCUCUAUACAGCUUUCGUUGUCGCUUUCCUCUACUGCAGCAGCUUUCGUUGUCGCUGCAUCUUCCUUCCUCUUUAUUCUAAUUGCUGCAGAUUUCUCUCACUGCAGUUUUCUUGAGUACUGCUGCAGAUUUUCGCGGCCAUUUCCCGGCGAACCGCAGUCUUGAGUACCGCUGCAGUUUUCGCGGCCAUCUUCCGACGAACUGCAGCAUCUACAAUCUGCUGCAGCAAGCAGCAAUCCACAGCAGCGAACCGUAGUCUUGAGUACCGUUGCAGGUUUCACGGCCAUCUCCCGGCGAACUGCAGUCCCUACAAUCUGCAGCAGCAAACAGUAAUCCACAGCAGUUGCCAGCAGCUUUUGGCACUGUUAUAGAUUGCCCAAUCUGCUACAGCAAGCAAGCAAUCUAUAGCAGCAGCCCCCUCCCUCAUUCUCCACCUUGUGUGACCUGAGUAUCACACAAGGUUCGCUGCCUUUCCUUCAAAAAAAAAAAAAAAAAAAAGGGAAAAGAAAAAUGUCUUCGUUCACUUCUUCUGAUGUUUCAGUUCCUCUAGGGACUCCCACUUCUUGUUCUUGGCUUAUCUCCAUCAAUGCUGCCAUGCUUUAAGUUAUUAAAGGGUGGCAACUAUGCGUCCUGGCGAGCUUAACCACCCUGGCAAAUCAUUCGCGUACUCGCAAGCUCAGUCUUCUAUCCAAGCUUAUGGUGACGAAACAAGAGGGAAGUACUAUCUCUGAUUAUCUACAACUUAUCAAGGUUAUCAUCGAUGACUUGGCCUUGAUAGGUCAUUCUCUAUGUGACUAAGAGGUUGUCAUUCAUACCCUCAAUGGUCUCGACACCGACUACAAGGAAUUGGCUGCUGCAAUUCGGGCACGCGACUCGCCAAUUUCUUUUGAAGAUCUCUAUGAUAAACUGACUGACUAUGAGAUGUACUUGAAGCGUGCGGACAAACUGCUUGGAUCAAUUGUCACAGCUCAAGUCAGUCACAAGUCCAAACGGAAGAGCACUCGGUACUCGCCGAACAUCACCCAAGGUUCGUCCCUGCCUCCCUGCUCCGUCACACUGGCCACAGGCAAAUCUCCUAACUACUCCGACACCUAGCCAGUCCAACUGGAUUGUCGACUCUGGUGCCUCUCAUCACAUCACCGCUGAUCUUCAGAAUUUGUCUCUUCACAAUUCCUAUGGCGGCAAUGAAGAUAUCAUCAUCGGUGAUGGUAAAGGACUUCCUAUAACUCAUACUGGUUCCACAACGCUUAAUUCUGACUCUAAUACAUUUACCCUCGAUGAUGUUUUAUGCGCCCCUCAUAUUAAAUGCAACCUCAUUUUUGUUUCUCAAUUUUGCAAGCAUAACAAUACUUCCAUUGAAUUAUUUCCUGAUUCAUUUCUUGUUAAGGACUUGAGCACGGGGGCAUCAUUGGUUCAAGGCCUGAAUAAAGAUAACAUUUACGAAUGGCCGUCAGCCUCUCGAAUGACCCAGCCACUGUUCAUUCUUCUGUUGUGGCUCCAGUUGAUGUGUGGCAUCGUCGGCUUGGUCAUCCCUCAACCUUUAUUCAGCAGAAAUUAUUAUCUCGUCACUCUCUUCCUCUUUUUAAGUCCCCUAAUUCUAUGAUGCAUUGUGAUGCUUGUCUUAGUAAUAAGAGUCAUCGGCAGCCUUUUGCUUCCUCUUCAAUUUCCUCAUCUAAACCUUUUGAAAUUAUAUAUACUGAUGUUUGGGGUCUUGCUCCAAUCUUGUCUUUUGAUAAGUUCUGAUUUUAUGUUAUUUUUGUAGAUCACUUCUCUAAGUACACAUGGAUAUAUCCUCUUUACCUCCUUCUCGCCCAAGUGCCCCUGACGUGUCUCCACUUGACCCGGCUUGUGCCACAGAUCCUCACCCAACAUCACCUCUCAAUCCUGUCAUCUCUAAUCAUCCUAUGACCACUCGCUCUAAGCAUGGUAUUUUUAAACCUCGUCAAGUACUUAACCUACAAGCUGUCAUGAAUUUCUCAUCCCUCAACGUUGAACCCACCACCUUCACUCAAACCCAAAAAUUUCUGCAUUGGCGUACUGCCAUGAGUGAGGAAUAUAAUGCCCUCCUCCAUAAUUCAACAUGGGAUCUAAUUCCUUUCCAUCCUUCACAAAACAUCAUCGGGUCUUUAGAAUUAAGCGGAACCCAGAUUGCUCUGUUGCCCGAUAUAAGGCACGCUUGGUCGCCAAAGGGUUCCAUCAACGGCCUGGAGUUGAUUUCACUGAGAUGUUUAGUCCUGUUGUUAAACCCACUACAAUCCGGCUUAUCUUGAGUCUGGCUACCACUAAAGGCUGGCAAUUACGACAAUUGGAUGUUAAUAAUGCCUUUCUACAGGGAUCUCUAUCCGAAGAUGUUUUUAUGCAGCAACCCCCCGGUUUUACUCAUCCUCAGUAUCCACAGCAUGUUUGCAAACUUCAGAAAGCCAUUUAUGGACUUCGUCAGGCUCCGAGAGCUUGGUACACUCAACUUAGCUCAUUUUUGACUUAUGUCGGCUUUCUAAACUCUAAAUCUGACACUUCAUUGUUUCUGCGACAUCAUCAUGGAGACACAAUGUAUAUUCUGGUAUAUGUGGAUGAUAUUAUUGUCACAGGCAACAAUCCCGUCAGCAUCCAAGUAUUCAUCAAACAGUUGGCAGCUCGAUUCUCGCUUAAGGAUCUCGGACCCUUGAGCUACUUUCUGGGCAUCGAAGCUACCUUCACAUCUUCCGGUCUCCUUUUAUCACAACGCAAGUACAUUCAAGAUUUGUUAUUAAAGACAAACAUGCAGGAUGCAAAUGCAGUUAUAACCCCCAUCUCUACUAGUGGUUCUCUCAAAUUAUCAGAUGGAAGUCCUGCUACGGAACCCACUCAAUACCGCCAAGUUGUUGGCUCUUUACAAUACUUAGCUCUCACGCGUCCAGACAUCUCAUUUGCUGUGAAUAAAUUAUCACAGUUUAUGCAGCAACCAUCUACUCUACACUGGAGAUUUCCCUAACUGUUUGAGGAAAUCAUUUUCCCUAACUGUUUGAGGAUAUGUCAAUAAACCAUCAACUUCUUAUACAACUUAUUUAUCUCUUUAUUCUAACACAUACACCAUCCCCCACCUUGGCUGCAUCACCUUAUAAGCAAGGAAACAUGGAGAAAGAAAGAGACCAGAAAAAUCGACGAGGGUUGCAACCGAAGAAGAGCCAGACAGAGCAGGUUUCUCUCAAAGGAGAGCCUACACCGUGAGCAUGUCAUCGGGAUUCCUGUGAGCUCCGUCGCAUAUGCUGGAGCGGAGGAACUGCCAGGAAAUCCUGCUCCUUCCCACUGCAAACAGAAGAAGGACUCUGUUGUCGACUGGAUGAACAAGCUCGGAGAGAAGGCAGGAGGCUUCCGCGAACAUGUGAUUUUGGGUCCCAAGAUCUCUGAAACCAUGAAGGGGAAGCUGAGCAUGGGAGCUCGGAUUGUUCAAGCAGGUGGGGUCGAGAGGGUCUUCAGACAAGCCUUCUCCAUCGUGCCAGGCGAAAAGUUGCUCAAAGCCUUCCAGUGCUAUCUUUCAACCACAGCUGGUCCCAUACCGGGCAUGCUUUUCAUUUCCACUGACAAGAUCGCCUUCCGCAGCGAUCGAUCCCUCAAAUUAACUUCUCCUAAAGGAGGCUUGGUUAGAGUGCCUUACAAGGUUUUGAUUCCACUCGGUAGGAUAAAGGAAGCCAUCCAGAGUGAGAACACUACCAAGCCAAACCAGAAGUACAUCCAGAUACUCACAGAGGAUGAUUUCGAGUUCUGGUUUAUGGGUUUUGUCAACUGUGAGAGAUCCUUCAGGUACUUGCAGCAGGCAAUCUCAGCAGUCCAAUGAGCAAGAUGAGUAGUACAUGGAGUCAAGAGAAGGCAUCAAUACAAUAUCUUGUUGUGACAGAUAGCAAAAUUGCUCUACAAUUUUUCUUAGGAGCAAAGUUUGAUAUUUGUGGCUGAAAAGAGGAUUUGUUAAUGUUAUCUCUUUAUUCUCUCUUAAUGUAUAAUACUAUCAUACAAAAGCAGCAACCAUCUUGGAAUAUGAAGUUAUAAUUGCUAAUGAGUUGAUGGUGAUGCACAGUUUGAAAA